GGCGGUAAUAUGUCAGUCAUGUGCUGCUAUCAGGAAAUGAGGUUGGUGUUUUGCUGGUGGUAUCUCCAGUCUGCUCCAGUCUUUGCUUUGCCGCGUGUACGUCGGCGCAAGUAGUCGGUCGCCGACCAGCGACAAGUGAUCGUGUUUAAAUUUUCGAAGAUUCUGUGACGCGCAAGGGAAGAUGGCAGUCGUAGCCAUGACUCGUCUGUCUCUCUUACUGAUUAUUAGCGGUGUUUUUAUUAUAAAAUCGUGUUACGGAGCAGCGACAGAUAUCGAGCUAGACGCAAAGGCUCAAUUAUUACACAGACUUGACAGCUUGAAUUUAUUACUAUACACGUUUCUGUUGAUUCUUACGGUACUAACUAUAUGGACAUUCAAGCAUCGUCGAUUGCGGUUUUUGCACGAGACAGGGCUUGCUGUCAUCUACGGUCUCAUCGUUGGAGCGAUAAUUCGCUAUGGAUUUACAAGCAGCAGUACAAUAUUGCAUAUGCCAGUUGUACCUGACAAUGCCAGUAGUCAAUACAACCAGUCAGUACCACCUGACACACUGUGGCUACGCUUUCCUGAGGACAAGAAAGAUGGCAACAUAAAAAACAAGACAUUUGCGUAUUCGUUUAGAGGAGAAAUUUAUAAGCAAGACAAUGAAAUCGAUCUCAAGGCCACCUUUGAUCCAGAAAUCUUCUUCAACAUCAUACUACCACCGAUUAUAUUUCAUGCUGGAUAUAGUUUAAAAAGGAAAUACUUCUUCAGAAAUCUCGGCGCCAUAUUAACCUAUGCUUUAAUAGGAACGACUAUAUCUUCCUUUGUGAUUGGGGCACUGAUGUAUGCAUUCAUACAGCUGAUACCUCACUUGGCUGCAUCUUUCACUUUUUUGGACACUUUAUACUUUGGUGCCUUGAUAUCCCCGACUGAUCCCCUGACUAUCAUUUCUAUUUUCAAUGAUCUACACGUUGAUGUUAAUUUAUAUGCUCUGGUAUUUGGAGAGAGCGUUCUCAAUGAUGCAGUUGCUAUUGUGCUCAGUGGGUCUAUUCAAAACUACGCCGAACGCUAUUCUGGAUCUGGUGGAUUUGAGACUUGGGCAUUUUUCCAAGCACUCGGAGAUUUUGUUGGCAUUUUCAGUUUGUCGUUAUUCAUAGGAGCAACAAUGGGUUGUGUCACUGCAUUGCUAACAAAAUUCACUAGAGUACGUGAUUUUCCGCUGCUGGAAUCAGCACUUUUCGUCUUGAUGUCGUACAGCACUUUCCUCAUUGCGGAAGCGUCUGAUCUUACAGGAGUCGUCGCCGUUCUAUUCUGCGGAAUAUGCCAAGCUCACUACACUUACAACAACUUGAGCUUAGAUUCUCGGCAACGGACUAAGCAGCUUUUUGAAUUACUCAACUUUUUGGCAGAGAAUUUUAUCUUCAGCUACAUCGGUGUGUCCAUGUUUACCUUUCCCAAGCACCACUUUGAUCCAGGCUUUAUAUUUGCCGGAUUCUUCUGUGCACUUCUUGGCCGUGCGGCAAACGUGUAUCCGUUGUCGUUCCUCUUAAAUUUAGGUCGUAAUCCAAAAAUACCCAAAAAUUAUCAGCACAUGUUGUUUUGUGCUGGUCUCAGAGGAGCCAUGAGUUUUGCACUUGCGAUCAGGAACACUGUAUCCGAUGCUCGCCAAGCCAUGCUCACAACCACUAGUCUCAUUGUUAUUUUGACAGUGAUAUUUCAAGGGGGGGCGACCACGCAGUUUUUAAGUUGGUUUAAUAUACCGGUCGGCGUCGACGAAGAAGUUGAGGUACUAUCUUACAACGGAGUCAGAAGCGUGUACAAUUCCAUGGACGCCACUGGGUCUGCUGGCGAAGGUGGCUUUGGUGAUCCAGAGAGUCGUCGAGAAAGAACCCCCCCGGUUUAUGGUUCACAGUACGAUUCUAUGCAGGAUGGAUCCCUUUCUGGCGGAGGAAGCACGUCUAAGACAAACGAAAAAGCUCUACUGGCUAGAAUUUGGGGAAAUUUUGAUACCCGAUACAUGAAACCGCUAUUAACGCAUUCGCGACCUACACUACUGGAAACACUUCCAGUUUGCUGUGGUCCAUUAGCUAGAAUUUUAACAACUACUCAACAAAUGACUCAAGAUGAUAUCUCGCGGAGAGUCGAUUCGGAUUCAGACCUGUGCUUGGAGGAUCGUGAUGGCGAUAGACGGAGAACUAGCAUUCAGCCGUGGAAAUCUAGCGCCGACGGAGAUCUUCGUAUCGUUGGAAUGGAAGGAUUUAUUCCAUUGCGAACUUUGUAAUGUGAGACGAGCGGUAGAUAACGGAAUAAUAUAAAAAAAUAAUAACGAUAAGCCUCACACUAAUAACAACAACGAAAUAGGUUCUAUCCACCGUAAAAAGUGGUUUAAAAAACCAAAAAGAAAAAGUAAUUAAAUAAUGAAUAAACAACGCGGUAAGAACCGUCCAGCUGUGCGUCUAUAACUUGCGAGUUUUACCGUCCUUUAUAUAAAAUCAAACAAUACCUGUACGAAGAAAGUUUAUUCGGUUACAUACUCAUAUGAUAUAUUAUGCAUAUAUACACUAUAGUCGUAACGUAUAACAACUAGUUCCUACAUAAUUGAUAAUUUUUACAUUCCUAUAGAAAUCUAUGAAACACGAUUUGCAUUCAACGUCUAGUCCAACGAUCAUUCCUAUAUAUAUAUAUAUACAAAAAAAAGUAAAUCGAAGAUCUAAUGAGGUACGAAAAAAUAAUAAUAUAUACAUAUAUAUAAAACGUCGAACAUUAAACAUAAUUUUCGCUACCUAUGCAUACAGUAUAAUAUAAUUGUAUCCUACCUGCGGCGUAAUUAUAUUAUCAUCGCUUCUGAAAUCACGACCAUUUGCGGUCAGUUUUUAUUUCCUUUUCUUUUUCAAUGCGGUUUUUUUCGUAUGCCUUAUUUACUUGAUUCUUAUUUCACUAUAAUAUUAUACCUACAUAGUUGAUAUUGUAUUAAAGAUGUAUUAUGCGUUGCGUUUACUAUUUAUUAGCUAUUGAAUAGAAUACAGAAAAAAGUACUUACCAAGCAUUUUCGCACGCGGCUUGGAGGAUCCGGUCUCACCUCAGGCUUUCAACUUCAUGUGAGGCACGUCUUGAAACUAAUUCAUCGCAUCAGUCGAGAAAGAAUGGUCACUUUUAUAGGACCAAUUACAUUUAUCAUUAAUACUAAACGUAACAAUUGGACCGAAUUAGGAAAUUUCAUAUUUUAUCAUCAAUUUUUCGUCUUCAGGUUGAUUUUGUUGUUUUUAUUCAUAUCGAGUCAAUUGGUAGUUGUAAUUAAUAGCUACGAAGUCCUAGUUGACAAAUUAGAUUUCAUAUCACAAGCAUAUUGCAUAUGUAAUUAUUUUUUUUUUUAUCGAUGUUGUCAAACACAACAGUGUGUGCCAAUUAAUGACAGAGGGUUGAACGCCUUUUUCUAUUUUGUUUUUUCUUCUUUUCAAUUUUUCUCUUUCAUUUCUUCUUCAUAAUAUUAUAAACUCAUUUCCAGUUACAUAUUUAUGCCUACGAACUCUUAGGACCUUAUCAUAGUUUUCUGAAAUGCUUAAAUUACCAUCGUUGUAAUCAUUUUUUCAAUUACGAUUAUUGCUAUCAUAACACGGUAAUUAUAGACAUACAUGUAUAUAUAUUUAUAUAUACAUGUUGUUAUAUAAUAUAUGAUUGUAGUUAUGGGAUAAUCUUGAACGUAUUCUAGUCUGAUUGUGAGACGAAUGAGUCAUUUUCAUACGUAUGUAAAUUGGUAUAUAGUUAAGCAUUUUGGGAAACAUUUUUAUAUUGCUAAUCGUCGCGGCAAUUGUUGUUUUAACAUAUUAUUUUUGAAGAUUAUUAAAAAGUUUUACAUAACUAACUGUACAAUAAUAACAGCACGUAGUGUGUGGUACCCAUACAUACAUUAAUUGUGUGAAAUACCUAAGAUAUAUAUAUACACAUAUAUUAUGAUAAUAUUGCUAAUUUUGAUUAAAUAAAUACUGAACAAAUUGAAAAAAAAAAA